AUGAGUGCUGCUCGCCCCUCCAACACGGUUUCGGCAUCAGCAUCGCACCUCGGAGCAGACCCAAAAAUCGUCCGUCGACUUUCGCAAGUGUCCAACAUCAUCCUCGUCCUCUCUGGCAAAGGAGGAGUUGGUAAAUCCUCGGUCUCAGCCCAACUGGCACUCUCUCUCGCCUCCACUCCUUUCGCCUCUUCCGGUGGACGCUUAGCAAAAGUUGGAAUCCUCGAUAUCGAUCUCACCGGACCUUCCAUUCCCCGAAUGCUCGGUUUGGAUGGGGCUACAGUGAAACAAUCCACCGAUGGAUGGGUUCCGGUGUAUACGGAUGCAACACAACAGUUAGCUGUAAUGUCGGUUGGUUUCUUGCUUCGGUCCAAGAAUGAUAGCGUCGUCUGGAGAGGUCCGAAGAAGAAUGCUAUGAUCAAGCAGUUCCUUGGCGAUGUAAGGUGGGGUGAGUUGGACUACUUGAUUAUUGACACACCACCGGGUACAUCGGAUGAGCAUAUCUCUAUCUUGGAGUACUUGCGCACUUUUAAUCCAGCAGCAGUGAUGGUCACUACGCCUCAGGCAGUUAGUUUGGCGGAUAACUUGAGGAGUUUAGACUUCUGUAGGAAGACAGAGUUGCCCCUGCUGGGGUUGAUAGAGAAUAUGUCAGGGUACAUCUGUCCUCAUUGUAAAGACUGUACGAAUGUUUGGGGUAAGGGAGGGGGUGAAGCGUUGGCCAAGAGAGAAGCGAUACACUUUCUGGGCAGCAUACCGAUCGAUCCUGGUCUAGUGAGGGUACUGGAUGAUGCAAAGCAAGAUGCGCAACAGUUGCUGCAGAAACAGUUGAAUCAGACGAGUUUCAAGGACAAGGCAGAGGCCAUUCAUCAGCCACUUCAAGCAAAGCAAGAGGCAGUGUUGGCCCUCAGCGAGGAGAAAGUGCCGGAUGAACAGUCGUUGACACCAGCAGGGACGAUCUUGUCAAGAACAACGACGCAGAGGUAUAAGGACAGUUUAACGUUCCCCAUCUUCCAACAGAUCACCGAUCAGAUUACCCAUCUGGCACAGAAUCAUAAAGCCAGCGCUGGCAAGGCAUAG